CAAGACUCGAGGGUCUGAGGAGCUGGUCUGCUGCAGAGCCCCUGCUCCAGCACCCAGUUUUUGAGGCAGUGACUUUUCUGCUGACAUGGAAGUUGCUUAGCUUGGCUUCAUUGUCUCUGAGCUACCAGAGCUGGAGGGCUGUUGUCCAGCUGGGCUGUGACUGCUGCAAGACCUGGGGAGCUGGAGUUAAAGGAUCUGAAGACACGCAGAAUUUGACAGACUGCCAAUAAAGUGAGGCUUGAGAUUUUAGGGUGUAUCUACUCACUAUAAAACCCAAGCCCCCAAAGAAAACCCACCUCAGUCUAGGCCUUCCUUCACAGCCCAUUAGCAAUGGAAGCAGCCCUGGCCCAAUUCAUGGCAGCGGCCGACUGCCCCCUCUGUCUGGAUAUCUUGAAUGACCCCGUCACUAUCGACUGUGGACACAACUUCUGUCACAGCUGCAUCUGCCACUCGUGGAGGGAGCUACGAGACACUUUCCCUUGCCCUACCUGCUGCCACCCAAGCCAGGGCGGGCGCUGGAGGAGCAAUCCCCAGCUAGGAAGGAUCAUUGGCAUUGCCAAGCUCCUCCACCGAAGCAUGAGCAAGAGGAAGAGGCAAGAGGAGAGACACCUGUGUGAGCAGCAUCUGCAGGCUCUGAGCCUCUUCUGUGAGGAUGACCUGCAGAUUCUGUGCCCUCUGUGCAUGCAGUCCCCAGACCACCAGGACCACCGGGUGAGGCCUGUGGAGGAGGCUGCCUCUGAGCACAAGCAAAGGCUCAGAAGUUACCUGGAGGCCCUAAAGCAACUGGCAGAUGCUCAGGAAAUCAACCAGCAUUCAAAGCCCAAGAAACUUAGAACUGAGAGAGAAGAUGGAAAACCAGAGAUGGAGAUUAGCCUCUGAAUCUGAACCAGUUUAUAGACCGUGGGCAAGAGGCAGCUCACUCCUGGCCGGAUGGUGAAAAGGACACACAAGAGAAACCAUGGAAACAUUGG